AUGGGCCAGUUAAAUAAAUGGUAUGAAAAAUAUAAUGCUGUUCGAAAUAAGUUAGAGACUUCCAAUAAGAAUUUAGAAGGAUAUAAAAGCCAAAACAAAGACUUGGCUCAUCGUUUAGAACAGGUUCAGUUCUGGUUUUCUUCGAGAACUGGCUUAUCUGGCCUUGGGCUAUGGCAUGCCCGUAUUGAUUUUGUGUCUACGCGCUCUCAUUUUUUUUAA